CAGUGCCCACGAAAAAAAAAUUAUAAUUUAAGAAAAACACUGAAUUUAACCUUAAAAAACCACAUACAUACAUAGUCUAAAAACAUAUAUAGUCUAAAGUACCUCCACUAUUCAACAAUAACAAAUACUGUUCUGAACUUUUUAAUUGGAUUGGCAUUUAUCAAAGCGUGAACGGGUGAAUUAAUUACCACUACUCUCUGUGCUUGCAUAGCCUGCAGAAUUACAGAAUGUUUACACAAAUUGCUUCAUUUUAAACCGGACCUUACUUCGGGGAAUUGUAUGUUAAUAAUCAAGUAAAUCAGGGCAUACAUUACUACACAUACCACGCGUUUACGUCUGUCUAACCGCGUGACUGAUUUCCUCUUUUGAGAAACACUUUUUUUUUUUCCAGUCAGAGAACAUUUACAAUGAAACAGAACGGAACCUAACACGUUGGUGUUUCUAUUCUUUACCCGGAGGAGAGGGAUGAUUGUAGCGCCGUACUGUCUCUAUGGAUACUAACAUACGCUUCCGGACGCUUAGGGCAGCAAUUCGAGGAAACGACUGAGCCGACAUAAGUAAUAUGGACUCAGAGUAUCUGAAGAAAUGCAUGGGAAAAUGCUUAGUGGAGGGACUGGCCGAGGUGGCAGAACAGAGACCAAUGGACCCUAUUGAGUACCUUGCACACUGGAUUUAUAAAUACAAGAGUAACCUGGACUACGAGGAAAAGAGGGAAAUACAUCAAGCUCAGCUGGAGCACGAGUUAGAGAAGGCCAAGGCUGAGGCUGCCCUGUUGGAGCGAAUGAAAGAGGAAGAGGAACAGAUCGCUAUAGCGUACAAAAAGCAGCAGCAGCAGAAGCUUGCAGACACACUGGUAAUGUCAAAGAAGACGUUGGCAGAAUUAUCAGGUACAUUUGGGGCUCCAAAUCUUCCUUCGGUGCAAGAAGGAGAUGAGAACAGCAUUGGUCCUGGGGAAGACACUCAGAGGGAUCGAGAGAAACCUUCAGAAGAGAUUACAGCAACUGCCGACCCAGCUACCCUUCCCCCUGAAAUGGGGAAGGAGAGUGAGACUUUGAAAUCGGAGGAAGACAAAAAGGAGGGCACUGAGAGGGAUACUGAGAAACCAUCAGAAGAGAUAGCGGAUGCUGCUGACUCUGAACACCCUCCAGCUAGUCAGACGGCAGAAGAACCUGGCACUGUGCAAGAGGAAGAGAAUGAAAAUACUGUGAAGAUAGCAGAAGAGAAUGAAUAAAGAAACUACAAUACUUUA